AUGGUUGUUAAAACCGUAGACAUAUUUCUAGCAAGAUCUAGAAAUAUUCUCUCAAUUCUAUCGAUUUGGUUACCUCCUACAAAAUAUGUUAUUUUUUGCUAUAUAAUUAGAUCGGUUGUAUUUUUCUCUCAGUACUCUUUUUUGGUUCUCGAACUCAUUUAUAUUAUGCUAGUGUGGGGUGAUCUUAAUGAGGUCUCCGAGGCUUCGCACUUGCUCUUCACUCAGACGGCGGUGUGUUAUAAAAUGACAGUUUUUAUAAUAAACAAGACUAAUUUAAUAGCAUUAUUGAAGUUUAUGGAGACGGAUAUUUUUGAAUCUCGAAACGAUGUCCACGAUAAAAUUUUGAUAACAAAAGCUGACAAAGUGAAAAAUUUGUGUGGAAUUUUCUUAAUUAACGCGCUAAUUGCCUGCACGUUGUGGACCAUCACGCCGUGGUUUGAAAGCUCAGAGGCAAGAGAGUUUCCUUUUAAGAUUUGGAUGCCUCUAGAUUCAAAGAAAUCUGUGGAGUUCGAAUUGGGAUAUUUAUAUCAAGUGAUUGCCAUCUACGUGAGCGCCUUACUAUUCUUCUCAGUUGACAGCAUCAGCCUCUCUAUGAUAAUGUUUGGUUGCGCCCAAAUUGAAAUCAUUAUUAAUAAAAUGCAAAAGAUACAAAACAUAUCUAUGACAACAAAAACAAAAAGCAAUGAAUAUAAAAAAAUCAUUAAUGAUAACAAUAAAUUAUUUGAUGACUGCAUUCGCCAGCACCAGGCCGUUAUAAGAUUUAUCGAGUUGCUGGAAAAUACGUACCACGCCAAUAUAUUUUUUCAAUUAACCGGUACAGUUAUCAUUAUCUGCAUCAUCGGACUGUGUAUAACUAUCGCAAAACCGAGCAGCAUUCAGUUCUUCUCGAUGGUGUUCUACAUGGUGACCAUGACGUCUCAGCUGCUACUUUACUGCUGGUGCGGAAGCGAACUGACCACUAAAAGUGAAGAUUUACGCGAGUGUUUGUAUCAAUGUGUGUGGUACGAACAGGACGUCAAAUUCAGGAGAUCCCUUCUCAUUGCGAUGGAGAGUAUGAAAAGACCUAUUAUUUUCAAAGCAGGGCAUUACAUUCCACUAUCGCGACCGACUUUUGUGCUCAUUUUGCGUACGUCCUAUUCGUACUUCGCUGUUCUUAAUCAAGCUAAUAAUAAAUGAACUGCAUUUUAUUAGCUCUUGCAUUUAAAAUGAAGUAGUGUAGAAAUAUAUGGAAAUAAAUAUAAAAUAAAUUU